UCUGGUUUUCUUUACGAUGACAAAAUAUACAGUCUAUCAUGGCACAUUUGUUCACUCAGCCUCUAUUAAAGAAUUAGACAUUGUAUCCAAUGGUAUUAUCGUUGUAGAUAAUGAAACAGGUCUCAUUGCUCAUGUUGAGAGAGAUGUCAAAGAUCUCGAAACCUUUUUGAAUAGCUCGUCCUUUGAAGAUGCCACUGUACAAAAAGUUGAAAAGGAGCAAUUUCUUAUUCCUGGCUUUGUUGACACACAUGCACACGCACCUCAAUAUAUGUUUGCUGGCUCUGGUAUGGACCUUCAACUCCUCGAAUGGUUGGAAACCUACGUCUUCCCUUGUGAAUCUUCUUUUAAAGACGCAGAUCAUGCCAAACAAGCCUAUGAAAAAGUGAUUCGACGUUUUCUUAGAAACGGUACCACUACAUGUAGUUGGUUUGCUACUAUCCAUCUCAACGCUUGCCAAGUUCUCGUUGACAUUAUUGAGCAGCUAGGACAGCGUGCCUAUGUAGGCAAAGUCAAUAUGGAUCAAAACUCACCCGACUUCUAUAUAGAAGAAACUGAUUCCAGUCUUAACGACACUCGGGCCUUUAUCCAAUACGUUCAAGGAAAGAAGAACGAACUUCUCACUCCCGUGGUUACACCUCGUUUCGCCAUCACUUGCAGUUCCAAACUUAUGCAUGGUCUUUCUGCCCUGGCCAAAGAAUACCAAGUUCCGAUCCAAACUCAUUUGUGUGAAAACCACAACGAAAUCGAGUUCACUUGUUCCUUGUUCAAAGAAUCCAAAGAUUACACCAGCAUUUACGAUGACCACGGUCUAUUGACAGAAAAAGCUUACAUGGCCCAUUGUGUGCACAUGAAGGAUGAGGAAAUUGAUAUGCUGGCAGCGCGUAGAACAGGUGUUUCUCAUUGUGCCAAUUCCAAUUUUUCUUUACAUAGUGGUGUAUGUGAUGUAAGACGCUUUUUAGAAAAGAACGUGAAGGUUGGGUUGGGUACGGAUGUGGCAGGCGGAUUUUCUCCUAGCAUGUUGGACGCGAUUCGCUCUACGUUCUUUGCUUCAAAGACACAAAAAAUUAUUCAUCGUGACAUGUUAGAGAAGGGAGAGGAUAGUUACACACCCUUGAGCCCUGCUGAAUUAUUAUAUUUAGCUACUGUGGGAGGCGCUCAAGUGCUAGGAUUAGAAGAGAAAAUCGGUAGUUUUGAGAAGGGAAAGGCAUUUGAUGCUCUGUGGGUUGAUUUGCUGGGCGGUUCAAUUGAUUUGAUGGGUGGUGAAAAUGAACUUCAAAAGGUGGAGAAAUUUUUAUUCAAUGGUAGUGAUCAGAACCUCAAGCAUGUAUAUGUUCAAGGAAGACGUGUUUCUAGCAGAGAUUGAAGCGAAUAAACAACAGCCAUCUCUCUAAAAUUACUAGUAUAUAAUUUAAACCUUUACCUUCUGUUCGUAUUUUAUCGAAAGGUUGGAUGUAUGUAGUAAUAAAAUAAAACAUUGUGUUUGAUUAUUACAUCUGUAUAUAGCAUCAGUGCGUUGGUAUGUCAAGCGAGUAAAAGCUCGUUAAUUUUUAUGAAUAGAGACCUCAGUUCCACUAUUUAUUUUUCAUUGACAUGACUUUGUGGCAUGGAAAGCAUUGAAGGAUCCAUAGGAUAAAGUGCA